AUGUUCAGCAAUAUAGUCAACAAAAGAUUUUCUGGCGUUGUCAAUAGAGGGUUGGUUAGCAGACCGCCAUUCGGCGUCACAUCAGUUCGUUUCAACUCAAGCUUUGAUGAGCUCGCAAAGGCCAUGAAACAACAAACCAACAAGAAGGAAGACAAUAACAAGGACAGGAAUUCAAAUGCUAUCAGCGACAUAGAUAACUUGUUGUCCAGCACUUUUGACUUCCAAAGCAAUUCUCAUUACUCCAAUAAGUCGAAUGACUACAUACUCGACAACUCGUUAAAGCAUCCUCGUGAUGUGGCCAAGUCCAUCCGGUUACAAGGUCCUAUUGCUGGAAGAAGUGUUGACGUGCAAUACGGUAACUUCAAUCGUGCACUCGGGGGAAUUUUCACCGUUGUUAAGAGUAACAAGAUUAGAUAUCUCCAGAAGGUGCAAUCAAGAUUUAUUCCACCUGCGAAGUACAGAAAACAAAAGAAGAGAGAAUGGUGGAGACGUAAGUUCGCUCAAGGCUUUAAGGAGUUGAUGUCUCAAGUCAGAGAUGCGAAGAGAAGAGGGUACUAA